ACAAAAACCUCGCUGUUUCAUUAAAUUUAUAAGGCGUAUAUUUGAUUAGAUACUGUUGCUGACGACCCUGAUAAUACAUUUCACACGAUAGUGUCAUACUGGGCUCUGAAGUGAACAUUGUCUAAUUCACACGCUUCGCUGCCUAAAUGACACCACGUCGUGUUGUGAUUGGCCAACUAAAUCACUUAUCGAUAUUGCCCUAAUGGUAUGACAGCCAAAAUCGUAAAGACGAAGCUUCAGUAUGCAUUGUCAAUAGUGCUUUGGGACAAGCGUCGCGAUGAGUGGACAGCCUUCAACAUUGUUUAUACAUCUUCGUUUAAUUCUCUUGAUCCCUGUGUUGGCUUUUCAUUUGUCUUACGCAUUGGAUAGACCACAAUGUGUAGAAAUGACGAUACCGCUUUGCCACGGCUUGGGUUAUAAUAAAACUUAUUCACCAAACCGAUUUUUUCACGAAGAUCAGAAGGAAGCAGCCAGCGAAGUUCAUCAGUUCUGGCCGCUCGUUAGCAUCAAUUGCUCGCCUGUUUUUAAAUUCUUUUUGUGUUCCUUGUACGCACCUGUUUGUGACGAACACUUUGGCCACGAUCUUGUGCCUUGUCGUAGCGUAUGUGAACAGUCAAAGAGAGGAUGUUUGUCUUACAUGCAACAAUAUAGCUUUAAAUGGCCAGAGAAGAUGAAAUGUGAGUUGUUUCCCAAUAGAAAGGAAAAUCCGUUGUGUAUGUAUAAAGAGGAAGAUAACAGCUCGUCUUCAAAUCCAACGGGAACAUAUCACUCGUCGAGGAACAAGAAUAAUCCACCAAUAACAGUUACAAUAAUGUCGCGCAACAAAAUCCACAAAACAAACUCUCAUAAAGAUUCGACUGAGACACCAUUUAUCAACGCGUUAUAUAAUUCUUCGAACUGUCACUGCGAAUGUGUCGAGCCAUUUCGACGCGUCGAGCCGCGACUAAAACGCAACAUUGGGGACGUCAAGAACUGCGCUUUACCAUGUCGAGCAUCGCUCUUUAACAAAGCGCAAAAGGAUUUUGCAAAGGUUUGGAUCACUUUGUGGUCUUCUCUAUGUUUCCUGUCCACCUUUCUAACGAUGGCCACAUUCUUUCUAAACACUGCUAGAUUUCGUUAUCCCGAGAGACCGGUGAUUUUUUUAUCGGGAUGCUAUUUUCUGAUGUCUUUUGGAUACAUCCUACGUCUGAUAGCGGGAGAGGAAUCCGUCAUCUGCGACGAUAACGAUCUUAUCACGUACAAUGCCACAAGCCCAGCUUUGUGUACUAUAGUUUUUUUACUAAUUUAUUUUGGUUGCAUGGCAUCGGCGCUGUGGUGGGUCAUUCUCUCAUUUACUUGGUUCUUAUCGGCUGGUUUAAAGUGGUCGAACGAAGCAAUAGCAAACGUCGCUCAAUACUUUCAUAUCGUUGCUUGGAUUAUACCUUCCCUUCAAACCAUUUUAGUUUUGGCAAUGUCCAAGAUCGAUGGCGACUCUUUGAGUGGCAUUUGCUCAGUUGGAAACCAAAGUGAAGAUAGCCUCGUUGCGUUUAUCAUUGUACCGUUGGGCAUUUUUCUUACGAUCGGCUCGGUAUUUCUUCUUACCGGUUUUGUAUCCUUGUUUCGAAUUCGUAAGACGAUGAGAAGCGAUGGAAACAACACCAACAAAUUAGAAAAGUUGAUGGUUCGCAUUGGUGUGUUCUCUGUGCUGUACACGGUGCCAGCAACGGUCACGAUAGGUUGCUAUUUCUACGAACUGUCGAAUCGCCCAAAAUGGGAGAAAUGGAUAAACUGCUCCCGCACACCGUGCGCUCGCCCGAAAAAACUCGAACCGGAAUUUUCUCUAUUCGUUGUGAAAUAUUUCAUGUCGCUCGUCGUUGGAAUAAGCACCGUAUUUUGGAUCUGUUCCAUGAAAACGUUGGAAUCAUGGCGAAAUAUGAUAAAGCGGUUGUUUAGGGUGUGUUUUUCAAAGCGAACAAAGCUGCAAGAAUCACCUGAGCAAGUGGCGUUGCGCGAGGAUAAAAGCAAAAGUUUCGUAUGAUGAAGUAUUUAAAAAUAACGUUUUAAAUUAGCUUAAAUCCAUCGAGAUUUUCAUUGUAAGAAGAAAUCUCUCAUAGGACAAGCAAACUUUACUUGUAAAAUAUUCAUUGUUUGGGCGUUUGACUUUGCUGUUGGUAUAGCAGGUAUGGACGCUAUUAGGACAUAUUAAGUGUUUUAGCUUAGAAAUUCGCUGUCAUUAUUUCACUCUACCGUCGUGAAAAUAGAAGUAAUCGGAAACAUUGUCGUUUUAAUAGUUCUAUCGACGCAAUGUCGUUUAGGACCACAGGGUAGAUGGUUGCUACAAUAUAAUUAUAGCUGACAACAUAAAGACCUUUUUGUACGUGUAUAUAAGCUAGACGUAAAUAUCAAGCAUUCGAUUCCGUUUUUUUGUUCGCUCGUCCAAUUCAGACAAAAUGGCCUUGUUUCAAAGCAAUGCUGUAGAACAAUUUAUCAGAUGGGGGGCUCUCUUGACGAAGCUAAAGCCAUGAAUUUAUGAAAAAUACCCAUUUCAAAAGUAGAAGGGUGGCUCCUCCCCCAAGCGCCCCCCCCCCCUACUUCUACAGCACUGUUUCAAAGUAUCGUUUCCGACUCUUCAGGUUACCAUGCAUAUAGCCUAUUACAUAUAGUUGUUUCAACACUUUUAUCUCGCAGAUCUACAAUUUGUUUUAAGCACGAAUUGUAGAUUUUUUAUGUACUUACGCAGCUUUGAAUUUUGUACGACUGUUAGUUUUAAGACUUUUAGCUGUGCUAAUGAAAAAUAAAUAAAUUUUUAUCGUCACAGCGAA